ACUGACUCCCGGGGAAGCAAUGGGGCUUGUGACCGCACUGGGCGCCUCUAUCUGUAUCACUACAACGAGGAGCAGCCUUUCAUCCCGCUGACCGAAAUCCAGAGGAUCGACACCGCUGCCAUCCUGGACGUCAAAUGGUGCCACAUUCCUGUUGCAGAACAUCCCAUGGUUGGCAUUGCAGACUCCACAGGCGCCGUGGAGUUUUGCCACCUGACGGGAAGCGAGAAGAACAGCUGCAUGUUGGAGCCUUGCUUCAGGGUUGAUCUCGGAGCACAGUGUCUGGCUUUGUCCUUAGACUGGUCCACUGGACGAGAGCAGUGUGGAUGUCCUUUGAGAGUGAUCAGCAGUGACUCAGAGGGGAAGCUGAAUCUUUUGUCUAUAGAUGAAUCUGCUCCUUCUGUGCAUAUCCUGAACCAGUGGGAAGCUCACAAAUUUGAGGCUUGGAUUGCUGCUUUUAAUUACUGGGACACAGAUAUCGUGUAUUCAGGAGGAGACGACAACCUGCUCAAGGGCUGGGACACCAGGCGCCGGCCAGAGGCCCCCGUCUUCACCAGCCGGAGACAUUCCAUGGGAGUGUGCAGCAUUCAGUGCAGUCCCCACCGGGAGAAUCUUCUGGCUACGGGCAGCUAUGACGAGCACGUGCUGCUGUGGGACACCAGGAACAUGAAGCAGCCGCUGGCAGACACCCACGUUGAAGGUGGUGUGUGGAGGCUGAAGUGGCACCCAACGUGUGACUUCGUGCUGCUGGCAGCCUGCAUGCAGAGUGGCUUCAAGAUCCUCGACUGCCGCGGGAGCCUGGCGGAAAACACGGAGGAAUGCACCAUCCUGUCAUCCUAUGUCCUGCACAAUUCCUUGGCCUAUGGGGCUGACUGGUCAAGGCUGUGUCCGAGGGGUUCCUUGACUGCCACCCAGGACUCCACUGCUGCAUGCCAGUCUUCAGAGGAGCUUGUGGAAAGGUCAGAGGAGGGAGAUGAGAGACUGAACUUGCAGGUCCAGAACCUGAAGAUCAUUUAUGAGUCUCCUACAGCUACUUUUGAUGUGAUACUGGAUGAGGAGAGUGAAGGCCCUGCCCCACUGCUCAAAGCAGAGCAGGCUCCUGAGCUGGCUGGGGGCUCUGAUUUAAAGGGGAGCUUGGAUUUGGCUGUGGGUCCAGCCCGAGGGGGAGGUUCUGGCUCAGGAGCCAAGAGACCCUCGGGAAUGGGCCUGGCUGGUGAUUCAGCCACGUCUCUGGACAGCCCCAAGGAAAUGAGCAUUGUAGCAACUUGUUCCUUCUAUGACAAUAUUCUCCAUGUGUGGAAGUGGGAGAUGAGCCUGGUUACAA